AUGCCGACCUGGAAGAUGUACACUCGACGAGAAGAUCCUCUUUCCCACCUCAAAUAUUUCGAGAUUCAAAUGGAUCUGCAGGGGGUACGAGGAGUCGUAUGUUGCAGAAUUUUUCCUGCUACCCUCUCGAAAGCCGCCCAACAAUGUUAUUUCAAGCUCACACCUGGAAAGUUCAACUCAUGGAAAGCUUUCUCCUCGAAAUUCCAUGCACAAUUCUCCUCCUCUCGCCAACUUCUGUUGCACCUAGGAGACCUGGUCGAAGUCAAGCAAAGACCAGGCGAGCCUCUCCGAGCUUACAUCAGCAAAUUCAUGAAGGAGGCGACUAUGAUUUCACGAGUAACUGAACAUGGAAAGUUGUCCGCGAUACUAGGGGGCAUAGAAGUCCUUGGUGAGCUUUGGAAGGAUAUAAGGAAGAACGGUCUGGUAGACUCGAUGAGCGAUUUUCUCGACCGUCCUGAAGGCUUCAUCAAACUUGAAGAGGCUAUUCAGCGAGCAGAAGGUGAGCCAAAACCUCGCAAGGCUAAAGCUCCGUCCACUGGAAUGUCCACCCAACUCCCCCAUUACCCAAGUAAUUCAAGCUCAAAUGGUAAACGUUCCAACAACAACAAUAGACAAGGGAAUGGGAAGAAGGGAAAGUUCGCUGGUAAAAUCGAACAAGCUCCCCGGGAGAAUCAAGCAGAGUACACUGCAUUUACCAUCUUGACUGAGGAUAUAGAAAGUGUUUACAUGGGGACUCAGUCACUAGCCCCGUACAAGAAGCCCGCGCCCAUGAGAAAAGAUGUCACCAAGAGAAACAUGGCCAAGAAAAAUAACCGGCAUGUACAGAAGUAUGUCAAGGCUGAUCAAAAUCAGAGAGUUGAUAAUAACCAAGACUUGCUACCUCCACCGGUUUAUGGACAUCUGGAAGUCAUCAUUGGAGGCUCGCCCAUAGCUGGAGAUUCGGGCAAAGCUCGGGAGAGGUUUCCGCACAACGACCCGUUGGUCGUAAAGGUCCAGAUAGCCAACAAGAUGGUGGCCAGAACCAUGAUAGAUAAUGGAGCCUCUUUUAACAUCUUAUUCAAGACUACCUAUGAAAAGAUGGGGCUCCAGCUCAAGGAUCUAACCCCCUGUCUCCUGGCUAUAUAUAGUUUCUCCGGCCAAGGAGUCGCACCUCUAGGACGAAUUCGACUACCCCUCACUGUUGGACAAGCCCCGACAAGCAUGACUGUCAUGGCACAAUUUCUGGUAUUAGAUGUUCCUUCAGCCUUCAACGUCAUGCUAGGCCGACUAGCUUUGUAUGACUUAAAGGUUGUCACGUCGAUAUUCCACUCAUGCCUGAAGUUUCCAACGAAGAAUGGGGUAGGGUGUCUAAGAGGAAACCAGCAGACUGCUCGGGAAUAA